UGAAUAAUUAAACUUCUUAAUAAAUCUCGUCAUAUGAAAAUAGACGUACAUAAGAUACAGGCCGGCCCGCACAACCGUCACCAAAUCCGAAAGGUAAGCCCAGUAAUAGGCAGUUAGGCACCAUACUGCAGUUCUAGAGAGAGAAACACACGCAAAGAGAGAGAAAGAUACAGACGCCGAGAAGGAACCUGAUCCGUUGCCCUUGUUUCUUCAUCGGAGGUUUAGGUUUUGAUUUUGAUUUUCAGCUUGAAGGAGUUGAUUUGUACGGUCAGCUGUAGGAUUUUGAUGGAAAGUGGUGAUGAUUUGACUUUUAAGAUUAUAUUUUCUGGAGAUGGAGCUGGAAGGUUGCGGGAGCGAGUGAAGGAGAAGUUAAAGGAGUUUAUGGGGGACUAUACAGAUGAUACUCUUGUGGAAUAUGUGAUCGUUUUGCUUAAAAAUGGCCGGCGCAAAGAAGAAGCAAGGAAUGAGUUGAAUGUCUUUUUGGGUGAUGACAGUGAUUCCUUUGUGUCUUGGCUGUGGGAUCAUCUGCAAUCAAACCUAAAUCUUUAUGCACAAUCGAAAGAACCUCCUCUUGCUGAUGAACAAGUGUCCAAACAGAAACCGCUGUCUGAAUCAGAGGUGACAAAAUCUGAUAAGUUAUCCAAGAGUCGAAGAAUCAAAGACUGGAAAGGGGUUAUAAGAGAUCCCACUGAACCACCUCCACUUCGCAGUGCUGUCAUUGCCAACGUUCAUGCAGAUAAUGAAAAUAAUCAUUCAGCUUCACCUCAGAGAAAAAGAGGCCACAGUGGUCAAACAGAUCACACCGAUGAAGGUUCACAAGUCAAGAGAGACACAUUAUCUAAGUCAACACUAGGUGGUGCCUCACGAAGGCUACUGCAAUUUGCAGUUCGAGACGCGGUCGGUACAUCCCGGCCAACUGGUUUGACUUCCGAGCCAUCUUUUAAACGUUUACGGUCUGCAGUUUCUACACCUACCGAUGACUCAUCACUCGAAGACCGCCCUCCAAAAAUCCGUUCACUUGCUAGAGUGCCUAAAGCUAUGGCGGUUGCCAUUAAAGCUGUAGCAGACGCUGCUCAAGAUGUUGUAAAAGUCAAACCCGCGGGAAACGUGUUUGACCGUCUUGGUCGUAGUAGUACAGAUGCAUCAGAUACCAUUGAAGAUGGGAAACACGAGGCUGAUGUUCCAACUUAUUCUGGGCAACAUGUGGGAGAUGUUUCUAUGAUGGAACAUGAUGGGGUUUCUAAUAAACCACACAGAGUUGAGAAUAUUCCUGUUGCUAAGAUGGCAAAUAAUUAUUCCAAUGUACACAAACCGAAGGGGGUUUCGGAUUUGGACCAUCAGAAACUUGUGCAGGAGACCGAGUUUGGUGCUGGCAAUAAUAGCAAUCCCGCAACUGUUAGCAACGGAAAUGGGGUACCUGUUAUACAUAUUCAACGGGAGGUUCACCAGAAGACACUGCCAUCAAUUGGCGUCAAUCCCACCAGUAAAUCUACCGAUGAUGUGGAUUCACGAACCAUUUUUGUUAGCAAUGUUCAUUUUGCUGCUACCAAGGAUAGUCUUUCUCGGCACUUUAACAAGUUCGGGGAUGUAUUGAAAGUGGUUAUAUUAACUGAAGCUGCAACGGGACAGCCAAAAGGGUCAGCUUACGUGGAGUUCAUGAGAGCGGAGACUGCAGAAAAUGCUCUGUCUUUGGACGGUACGUCCUUUAUGUCGCGUAUUCUUAAGGUAGUAAAGAAAAACUCCAGUCAACAAGAAGUUGCCUCACCAGUCACGGCAUGGCCUCGUGGGGCCUGGGGUUCUCCGUUUGUUGCAUCUAGAUUUGGUAGAGCUUCUUUCCCCAGAGGUGGUAUUCCGAGUGUGUACAGGUCCCGCCUCCCAAUAAAAGGUGGUGCUAGAAGCUUACAGUGGAAGCGCGAUGCUCAAAAUCCAUCAUCUGAUAACAUCUCGAGCCCUACCGCCAUCCCGUCUCCCACCACCACCACUCGUAGUCUCACUUAUGUUCGAACCGAGGCCGCCAAGCCCAAUAACGGCGCCUGAAACUUGAAUUAUUGGCGGGAAAAAUGGUUAAUAACUAAUUUUGUAUUUGAAGGAUAAACACGAAAGGGUUAGUUAUGAGGUUUUAGGGUGGUAUUUUUUUGGGUCCAAUUGGAUUUUUAUGAAAGAGGAUUCAGUUAUAUAAGUAUAUGUUGAGUUGAUGUAAUAAGAUAGAUUGCCUGCUGGCUUAUCCAUGUACCUCAACUCUUCCAAAGGAUGUUUUAAAGCCAUGGUCUAAAUAGAAAAAAGAAAAAAAAGUUGUAA